AUGAGGGGCGCGCGGCCCGCGACACUUAUGGCCGCGAUGGCCGCCCUGGCCCUGGCCGGCGCGCCCGAGGGCCCGCCCGCGGUCAGCUCGUGGCCGCCCGCCACCGACCUCGCCACCACCUUGCCAGCCACCGAACUGAGUGCCGCUGAGCUGAGUGCCGCUGAACUCGGCGCGGCAGAACUGGACGCUGCAGGAGUACCGGCGUGGCGAGAGCUGUGGCAGUCCUCACUGGAAGCUCUUCGCCGCGAGCCCACCAUCAACAAUACUCAAGAGGACGUGCUUGUGCAGCUAGGUGGUGUGGCCUUCCUGCACUGUCCCGUCCGCAACCUUGGCGAGCGUGGAGUGUCGUGGGUGCGGAGACGCGACUGGCAUAUUAUUAGUUCUGGUGUAUUCAUGUACACUAAUGAUGAGCGCUUCCAGGUACUUCACAGUGAAGGUUCAGAUGAUUGGGUGUUACAAAUUAAAUACGUACAGAAGCGUGACAAUGGUACAUACGAAUGUCAGGUAUCAACGGGUUCCGGCACAUUAUCAAGACUUGUCCACCUGCAUAUUGUUGUGCCCGAGGCUUUUAUUCUCGGUGCUGAAGAGUACCACGUAGACGCUGGCUCUACCAUAAACCUCGUCUGUAUCAUCGAAAAGAGCCCGGUGCCGCCGCAGUACGUGUUCUGGUACCACAACGCACGCAUGAUCAACUACGACGCGGCGCGCGGCGUGAGCGUGCAGACGGCGCCGGGCGCGCGCACGCAGUCGGCGCUGCGCAUCCGCGCCGCCGCGCCCGCGCACUCCGGCAACUACACGUGCCGCGCCGCCAACACGCAGCCCGCGCACAUCUACGUCUACGUCUCCGAGGGCAGUGAUAAAAUGGCAGCGACGCUGAGCCGCGACUCCAGUGCUGUGCGCGCUGCUUCAGCGCUGCUAGUUCUGUGCGCGUUACUUGCUCACGUCACGUGGUCAAACACAUCUUCAUUAAACGAGUGA